UGAAUGUUGACACUCUUCUCCGAAUUCAGAUAUCAAAGCAGUGGGAAAUAGUUGUGCCCAGACUUAGGGCCGAGUACUAUAUUCCUUGAUACAACAUCUUACUACAACUUCACACUUUCUACAGCGCAUACUCUUCAAAACCGCAAUCAUGACCUCAACAUCUUCAGUCAUCGCCGGCCUCCCAAAAGCCGAGCUCCACCUGCACAUCGAAGGCACCCUCGAGCCCGCCCUCGUCCGGCAACUAGCAUCCCGAAACAAAAUCCCCAUCCCCGCUGCCAUAUCCUCCCUAACAUCCACCUCUUCCGGCUACACCUUCAACGACCUCACCUCGUUCCUAGCCGUCUACUAUCCAAACAUGGCCGUCCUGCUCACCUCGACCGAUUUCUCCGACAUGGCCUACGCCUACCUAACCAAAGCCCACUCCCAAAACGUCGUCCACGCGGAAAUCUUCUUCGACCCGCAGGCGCACACGUCACGGGGCGUGCCCUUCUCCACCGUGCUCGCCGGCCUGCGCCAAGCAAUCAUCAAAGCAGAGCGAGAACUGGGCAUGAGCGCGAGCCUGAUCAUGUGUUUCCUCCGCGACAUGUCGCCCGAGUUCGCCAUGGCGACGCUCACCGAGGCGCUGCCGUACAAAGACUACAUCGUCGGCGUCGGCCUCGACUCCGACGAGCGCCAGAACCCGCCGGCCAAGUUCGCGGCUGUGUUUGCAAGAGCGCGGCAGGAAGGGUGGUUGGUGACGUGCCACUGCGAUAUCGAUCAGCAGGAUAGUAUUGAGCACAUACGUCAGGUGUUGACGGAGAUCCAGGUUGACCGGAUCGAUCACGGGACGAAUAUUAUUGAGGAUCCUAGUCUUGUGCAGUUGGUGAAGGAGAGGGGGAUUGGGUUGACGUGUUGUCCGGUUAGUAAUUCGGUUGUUACGGAGGAUUUUAAGGGGAAAGAGAUAUUGCAGUUGUUGCGGACUGGUGUAAAGGUUACUGUGAAUUCGGAUGAUCCCGCGUAUUUUAGGGGCUACAUGAAUGAGAAUCUGACGAAGAUGGCGGAGGAGACGGAUAUUACGAGAGAGGAGAUCGUGCAGUUGCAGCGGAAUGCUUUCGAGGUGGCUUGGAUCUCUGAGAGGAAAAGGGAGGGGUUCUUGAAACUGUUAGAGAGUCAUGCAAAGUAGAACUGUACUUCGUUGAUUGGCACUUGUGUUACUCUCUGAGACGAGUACCGUAGGUGAGCCCGUUUGUCGACUAAGACAUGCAUAGAUGAAGCAUGUUCCAUGCUUUACCCGGCCAGUCGGAAAGAAAAAUCCAAUACGCCAACUUCGCUGCACGCCGCAAACCUUUUGCAAUAUCCUAACCCCAUAUACCCAUAAUCGCUCGUAGCCCAAUACACUGUCAUAUACACGUUCCCGAAAACCGCGCGAACUCCCUGUAGAGCAGGUGACACAUCACCGCCUUUUCAUCUCAUACACGUUCUUCUUCCACCUAUCCUUCCCGUCCCCACUUUCCCGUCUCAUUUGCACCUCCGUCUUAAAC